GCAGAAGUUAACACCAUCAAAUCAAUCACCCCCCGCAUCAAAACCUACACUUGGCUCAUUCAAAUUGAAAAAACACUUGGUGGUGGAGAUGGCACAGGCAAUGGCAUCAAUGGCUGGUUUACGUGGCUCUUCACAGGCUGUCCUGAACGGCAGCUUUCAACUCAGUGGCCAAACCCGCUUCAACAUUCCUAGCAACAACAGAGUGGCUGUGGGUAGGUCUGGUUUCACUGUCAGAGCUCAUCAGACACCGGCCGAGCCUGAGACUGGACGCAGAGCCAUGUUGGGUCUUGUUGCUGCUGGUUUGGCCACUGGCUCCUUUGUUCAAGCUGUGCUUGCCGAUGCCAGAAGCAUCAAGGUUGGCCCACCUCCCCCUCCCUCUGGUGGACUGCCUGGAACUCUGAACUCUGAUGAGCCAAGAGACCUUGUUCUGCCAUACAAAGACAGGUUCUUCCUCCAACCACUUACUCCAGCUCAGGCAGCACAGAGAGCAAAGGAAUCAGCCAAGGAUAUUCUGGGUGUCAAGAACUUGAUUGACAAAAAAGCCUGGCCUUAUGUCAUGAAUGAUCUCCGUCUCAAGGCCGAGUAUCUCCGCUAUGACCUCAACACCGUCAUUGCUGCCAAGCCCAAAGAUGAGAAGAAAACUCUCAAGGACCUCACCAAGAAGCUCUUCAGUACCAUCGAUGAUCUUGACCAUGCAGCCAAGAUCAAGAGCACCCCUGAAGCAGAGAAAUCUUACGCUCAGACCGUAUCUAGUCUGAAUGAUGUUCUUGCCAAGCUGGGCUAAGAGAAUGCUUAAUGAUAUUUUGAUGUAAGAUAGCUUUGUUCAUCGUUUGUAGAGACACUUUAAUUUCUAUGCUAUCUGAAGGAACCUUUACCACUUAACGAAA